AUGGAGGGUGACCCAAACCUUCCUAUUGGCCCUAUGGUCCUCUACAUGGCCAGGGCUAACGAUCUCAAUGACCACCCUUACGCCCAAGGUCUCGGAACCACCCUGACCAAUGCUCAGAUGCAUGAAUACCUCCGCUCCACUCUGGUUUUGAUCGCCGGGGAGCACCGCAAGAGAUAUGGUGUCCUGGGCUGCCGCCCCUUGAAGAUGCAGACCAUCGUGCACAACGCCAACAGCAAGAUUUCCCGCGGCUCGAAGGUCUCCCGCUACAUCUGGGAUGCGCUGGAGGAAGCUCGCGCCAGCGCUACCGAGUGUAUCAUCGUUCUGAACAACUGGGACGGUUGGACUACCGACCCUGCCACCAUCGGUGAUUUGUGCACCAGCUUCCCGGACGUUCGAAUCACCCUUCGUGUUUAUGCAAGCACUCCCCGCGAGUUUUAUGAUGCCAACGCUCACACCGUGAACAUCUAUCUGGAACGCGAGAUUUCGGUUAAUGAUGCCGUGGUUUAUACGGACCGUGACACUGGCAUUUUCAUUCGCAUGUUCGAAGCCCUGGGAGCCCUCCACUAUCAGGUUCCUCUCCCUUGGGAGAAGGCUGCGCCUCUUGCUCAGUAUGACUCUCGCCUUGCAAUCCAUUGA